AUGCUGGAUCAUGAGGCUGGAGCUGACAUGCGACUGGUCCGUAAGAUCAACACGGGCAUGAAGAUCCAAGCCGGAGGCGAGCACAUGGGCUGCAGCAAGGUGGAAGAAAACCAGGACAACCAGGUCAUCUGCUUGCAAUGUCAAGAUGAUGUGAUGCGGGUUUGUCCGGGAAGUCCGCGCAGUCCUCGCCGCGCUAUCGCGACGCGCCUCUCAUCCGGAUCCGCAGAUCGUGAACCCAGCAGUAGCAGCUACAAUGCCUCCUCAGGAACCUUCUACAGUUGUGUCAGUCAGAUCACCAUCGGGUUUGACCUUGGGGGUCAAGUGGCCAUCGAGUUCUCGCACUGGAAGAGUCCUUUUCCAGCGAGCAGCCAGAAUCUCCCCAGUCCAGACUGCGUUCACUCCGAGGCCUCUGCCGUCCCACCCGUCAGUGAGCAUCUCGAGCUGGUGUCCUGCCCGGCGUCGCUGUCCAUCACCCCGUUGCCCAGUGCCAGCCAGGAGACGCUGUGUGACAGCAGCACAAGUGCAAGUUUAUCUCUACAUGGGUCUGAGCUCCAGCACCAGAGCCUUCACAGACACAGAGUCCAGCUGCAGCCCUCAGCCUCUGGCUACCGGGCAGCAGACAGACCUCUCGCCUUCCCCUCCUGUGGGGAGGAAGACAUCAUGGAGGAAUCUUUGGCCACAGCUCCGGACUCCAGCACUCAAGAUGAUGUGCCUCCACUGGCUGUGAAGGAUGUAAAUGUGCUCCUCGAAGGGGAAAGGUCAGGCAUGAGCAGCUCGUCCAGAGAUGACGACUCCACCCUGCAGAACCAGGGCACCCACAGCAGCAUCCUUGAUGACAACACAAAGUCCAGUUCAGGUCUCCCAGAGGGGAGGAGUAAGUCCAGUGGCCUUUGCUUCAGUGAUGGAAAGAGCCGUAUUGAUUACAUCCUGGUUUACAGGAAAUCGAGCUCCCAGUCAGAGAAGAGGGAAGUAUUUGAACGGAACAUCCGUGCAGAAGGCUUGCACAUGGAAAAGGAGGCCUCGUUAACAAACAGUGAUGUGAUCUUCCUGAAGCUUCAUGCACCAUGGGAUGUUCUCUGUCGCUACGCAGAGCUCAUGAACAUUCGCAUGCCUUUUAGGAGGAAAAUCUUUUACAUGCACCGACGGCACAAGUUUAUGAGCAGGAUGGAGAAGCGCAUCAACAAAUUUCGCGGCUGGCUUCCCCGCAAGCCCAUGAAGUUCGACAACAACAGGCUGCCCGACCUGGAGGAGAACGAGAGCUUUACCGCCCCCUUCAGUCGAUCGAGGAUCCAUCAUUUCAUCAUCCACAACAAAGAGACAUUUUUCAACAAUGCCACCAGAAGUCGCAUUGUCCACCACAUCCUCCAGCGGGUCAAAUAUGAGGAGGGGAAAACUAAGAUGGGGCUUAAUCGUCUUUUGAGCAAUAAUUCCUAUGAGGCAGCUUUCCCCCUUCAUGAGGGGAGCUACCACAGCAAAAACUCCAUCAGAACGCACGGAGCAGAAAACCAUCGGCACCUCCUGUAUGAAUGCUGGGCUUGGUGGGGGGUUUGGUACAAGUACCAACCGCUGGACCUCAUCAGGAGGUAUUUUGGAGAGAAGAUCGGACUGUACUUCGCCUGGCUCGGCUGGUACACGGGGAUGCUGUUUCCUGCAGCUCUAGUUGGCCUGCUGGUAUUCCUGUACGGGCUUUUCACUCUGGAGCACUGCCAGGUCAGCAAGGAAAUCUGCCAGGCCAUCGACAUUAUCAUGUGCCCCAUCUGUGACCAGUACUGCCCCUACCUGAGACUGUCAGACAGCUGCAUCUACGCCAAGGUCACUCAUCUGUUCGACAACGGGGCGACCGUCUUCUUUGCUGUGUUCAUGGCUGUUUGGGCAACGGUUUUCCUGGAGUUCUGGAAGCGACGCAGAGCUGUCCUCGCAUAUGACUGGGACCUCAUUGACUGGGAAGAAGAGGAGGAAGAAAUACGUCCUCAGUUUGAGGCCAAAUACUCAAAGAAGGAGAGGAUGAACCCUAUAUCUGGGAAACCUGAGCCUUAUCAGGCCUUCUCUGAUAAAUACAGUCGCCUCAUCGUUUCUACAUCUGGGAUUUUCUUCAUGAUAUUGGUGGUGAUUGCUGCCGUGUUUGGCAUCGUCAUUUACCGAGUCAUCACUGUCAGCACCUUCGCUGCCUUCGGCUGGGCUCUCAUCAGGAACAACUCUCAGGUGGCGACCACGGGCACGGCAGUCUGCAUCAACUUCUGCAUCAUCAUGCUCCUUAACGUGCUUUAUGAAAAAGUUGCUCUGCUUCUCACAAAUUUAGAGCAACCGAGGACAGAGUCAGAGUGGGAGAACAGCUUUACUUUCAAGAUGUUCCUUUUUCAGUUUGUCAAUCUUAACAGCUCAACUUUCUACAUUGCCUUCUUUUUGGGAAGAUUCACAGGUCGACCUGGUGCAUAUCUGCGUCUCAUAAAUCGUUGGAAACUGGAAGAAUGCCAUCCCAGUGGCUGUCUCAUUGACCUCUGUAUGCAGAUGGGAAUCAUCAUGGUGCUAAAACAGACGUGGAACAACUUUAUGGAGCUCGGCUACCCGCUGAUCCAGAACUGGUGGACAAGGCGGAGGCUGCGGAGAGAACAUGGCCAAACUGCCAAGGCCAGCUUCCCACAGUGGGAGAGGGAUUUUAACCUGCAGCCAAUGAAUGCCUACGGACUGUUUGAUGAAUACCUGGAGAUGAUUUUACAGUUUGGCUUCACCACCAUCUUCGUGGCAGCUUUCCCUCUCGCCCCUCUCUUGGCGCUGAUCAACAACAUCAUCGAGAUCCGUUUAGAUGCCUACAAGUUUGUCACACAGUGGCGACGCCCUCUGCCAUCACAAGCCAAAGACAUAGGGAUCUGGUACGGCAUUCUGGAGGGCAUCGGUAUCCUGUCCGUCAUCACCAACGCCUUUGUGAUUGCAGUUACCUCAGACUUCAUCCCUCGCCUCGUUUACGCCUACAAGUACGGGCCCUGCGCUGGUCAGGGCCGAGCCGGGGAAGGGUGUAUGAUGGGAUACGUCAACGCCAGUCUCUCAGUUUUCCAGGUGUCAGAUUUUGAGAGGAGAUCGCAGCCCAGGACGAAUGGCUCGGAGCUGUUUGGAGAAGCUGUGAAGUAUUGCAGGUAUCGUGACUACAGGGAGCCUCCAGAUUCUGCCGAGCCUUACUCAUACACUCUGCAGUUCUGGCACGUCCUGGCAGCCCGUCUGGCCUUCAUCAUUGUUUUUGAGCAUAUGGUCUUUGCCGUCAAGACUCUGAUCGCAUACCUGAUCCCCGACCUUCCCAAGGACCUGCGAGACAGAAUGCGCAGGGAGAAAUACCUGAUCCAGGAGAUGAUGUAUGAGGCCGAGCUGGACAGGCUGCAAAAGGAGAAAAACGAAAAGAAGAAGAAAGACAGGGCCCAUCAUAAGGAAUGGCCCUGAACACACCAGCAGGUGGUCAGCAGGUCUUUGGUUUCCACAGCACAGCAGAGGGAGAGCGCUGGGUUUCCUGCAUGUACUGGACUCUCACUCCUUCCUCCUGCCAUGUCAGACCAGCCCCUCCUGUUGGACAGUUUCUGAACUGCAUCCAGCCCAGUGACUGACUAUGGAGCCUGUGUCUGCAAAAUUAGCAGACAUCCUCUGGAACAUUUGGCACUGGGAUUUGCUACUCUCCCCCCCUCCAGUUUGGACUCUCAGCAGGGUGCAUCAUCAGAUCCUGAAUGUAGAUUUUAAGCAAGACUAAACUUUUCCAGAUUUUCUGUUUUAGAUGAGAGGAACUACUCUCCUGAGCUUACUAGAUAACAAACCCUGUUUACAUUUCUUCUUGGUAAAGGAGUUCACAUUUUGCUUUAUUGUAAAUAAAUGUAUUUACAUGAAUGUCAGGCCAUCUGCUCUGCUAUAGUGUAGUGCAAGAAAAAUACAGUUAUAUAAAGACCUAUUCUAUCAAGGCUAUGGCACAGUCCGCAGUUUGCCUAUACUGGAAAUGCUUUCCACUUGAAUUUAGAUUGAUAA